UUGAACAUGUGUUUGGGAGGACACGCUUGGCGACCGUCACGUUCCUGCCCCCUCCUCGGCCCCUCCCACAGCCUCCAGCUGGCAAGUUCAAACUCCACAGUUGUUGUUGGUGUCCCGGGAGGCUGCCCUCAGUCAUCACAGGAAAAAUGCCACGUAAGAAGCGUUCACGUAUGCCCAGCCGCCCCAAACCGUUGGUACCAGACGACUCCUUAAUUGAGGCAGACAUGGAAUCUGAACAACGCAAAGAGAAGCUUCGACUCCUCCUUGAAGACUUUGAUAAGGAAGUUCAAAAGCGUGUGGAAAUGAUGGAGAUGGAGCUCCAGUCAAUUCAGCAGGCCGUUCGUCAUUUGUAUAGGACUGAUCUAAUGCAGUAUUCAGCAGCGACCCGAAACAUGCUGUGGAAGGAUUAUGUAAAAGAGAAUGGAGAAAAAUCUUCAGCAAUAAGGAAAAGUAUUGCAUUUGUGAUCAGGAAUGCAGAGUGCGCCCUAGAAUCAGGUGCUAAGAAGCGGGGACGCCCACCCAAAACACCUGGCAAUGUUGGUAAUGAUGUAGUCAAUCAUCCUGCAACUGUAACCAGGAGUGUAAGGCGCUGUCGCCAGAAGGCAGUAUUAGGACUAAGCCAAUCUGACAACUUGCUACCACCACCUUCCACUUCAAGGGUACAACGCUCAAAGAAAUUGGUUGCAGCUACUCCAGUUGGCCAGAACAUUCCUCAGUUUUCAUCAAUGCCAGUGGUGACUCCAAAGUUUGAUAUACGUAACCCAUUCCCACCUGGGACAGUAAUGAAAAGAGCCAAGCCUAAUGAUAUUCUAAUGAAUUUUAAUGGAUCGCCAGUAUACGUUUCACCCAGCGCCAACCAAAAGAUAGAGAUUAAGGAAUUACGGGAAAUUCUUCAGGAUGACAAUGUAGGUGAGAAUAUCAAGCAGGAGAUACUGCAGUUCCAUGCGGAUGUCAGUAAACUAAUAUCUGGAAAAUGGAUGGACAAAAACCAAACAUAAUGUUGGUUUCCAUCAGACUUGAAACACUUUAUAGGUUUACCAUAAUUAAGGAGUAAAGCAUAAAUUGCUGGAUAGGUUACAUUUCUGUAUUAUUGUAUAUAAUUUUCUGUUUGAAACCUGUAACACAUUUUGUUGUAGGCUGCAAACUGACACUACCUGUUGACCUUGCAUUAUAUAAUGAUUGUUUGGAUAAAAUGCCCAGAUAGUUUUUCAAAGAGAGGUAGCGAUUAUUUGCAGCACCUAAUUUAUUGAUCCCCAGUGGGCACACUCUAAGAGUGGCAUAAUUUAGUUUUUAAUUUCAUUCAUAAUAGUUUUUAUUUGAUCUUUUUCAAAUCUAAAUUGUAGUAUUCACUAAACAUAUGUGCCCAAGGUAUCCUAAUGGUGGAAAACAGCUUAUGUGAAAUUUUAAGGAAUUUUUAAUAAAUUUUAUAUAUUUUGUA